UUUCCCUAUAUAUACCUAGCCAAACCCCCUCCAAUCCACCUCUAAUCUCUCCCUCUCAAACUCUCUCUCUUCGCAAACCUUUAAAUCCAAAACUCGCUCAAACUUUCUCUCUCUUCGCCAACUUCAAAUCCAAAACUCUCUCUCUCAAAACCAAUCAUGGCCGAAACCAAGACCCCGACCGUCCUCCCCUUCCCAAACAGCAAGAAGCGACCCGCCACGACCCACGACGGCGACGCCGCCGCUGCAAAAAAAGCGUCAAUGCUAUUCUCGGGUGAGUCGGACCCGGCGGCGGCGCUGGCUGCGGCGCGUCACGAGUUCGGCGAGCACGGCGGCGUUAACAUGUCGAUCGAGGCGUCGGCGACGUUCACGGUGAUGGAACCGGAGACGAUGCGGCGCAUGUUCUCCGGCGAGCUCGGCCCCGACCGUGACUUCUUCAUCUACAGCCGCCACUUCAACCCCACCGUCCUCAGUCUCGGCCGCCAGAUGGCCGCCCUCGAGGGCACCGAGGCCGCCUACUGCACCGCCAGCGGCAUGUCCGCCAUCUCUGCCGUCCUCAUGCAGCUCCUCAGCUCCGGCCAAAACAUCGUCGCUUCACAGACCCUCUACGGCGGGACCCACGCCCUCCUCACCCACUUUCUCCCCCGUGUCUCCAACAUUACGACGACGUUUGUUGACAUAAACGACAUCAACAUGGUCGACAACGCGCUCGUCGCGGGUGAAAGCAAGGUGUUGUACUUCGAGAGCGUGUCCAAUCCGACGUUGACGGUGGCUAACAUCCCGGAGCUGUCGCGUGUGGGGCACGCGAAGGGCGUGACAGUGGUCGUCGACAACACCUUCUCGCCGAUGGUCCUCUCGCCCGCUCGGCUCGGCGCAGAUGUCGUUGUUCAUAGUAUCUCCAAGUUCAUCAGCGGUGGGGCCGACAUUAUUGCAGGUGCCAUAUGUGGGUCCGCCAGCCUGGUGAACUCUAUGAUGGACCUCCACCAAGGAACACUAAUGCUUCUAGGCCCAACAAUGAACGCCAAAGUGGCCUUUGAGCUCUCAGAGAGAAUACCCCACUUGGCCCCAAGAAUGAAAGAACACUCCAAGAGGGCCUUGGCAUUGGCCCAAAGGAUGAAGAAAAUGGGCCUGAAAGUCAUAUACCCGGGCCUGGAAGACCACCCGCAACACAAAAUCCUCAAGUCCAUGGCCAACAAAGAGUACGGCUACGGAGGGCUCCUCUGCUUGGACAUGGAAACAGAGGAGAGAGCAAACCGGUUGAUGAACCUCUUACAGAACUACUCUCAGUUUGGUUUUAUGGCCGUGAGCUUGGGAUACUCCGAAACCUUAAUGUCGUGUUCGGGAAGUAGCACUAGCAGUGAGCUGAGCAACGAGGAGAAACAGCUUGCUGGGAUUUCUCCCGGGUUGGUCAGAAUGUCGGUUGGAUAUGUUGGGACUUUGGAGCAGAAAUGGAGUCAGUUUGAGAAGGCCAUUUCUAGAUUGCAGGAUUCCGGUCUCUUCAACAAGAACUGAUUAUCAUCACCAUGAUGAUGAUGCAAGUGUUGGUACUCUUUAAGUGUGUUUAUAUAGUGGGGAGUUGUUUUUUUUUUUUUUUUUUUUCUUUCUUUCUUUCUUUCUUAAAUAUGUGGAUUAAUAUAUAAUAGUGGCUAUAUUUGUUGGACCUUAAUUUUCCUUUGCUAUAUAUUUUCCCCCCCUUUCUGUUUUUUUUCA